GCUGCAGACGGCGCUACAGUCAAAAAUCUUCGAAUCUUACACACCGACACUGGUUUCAGUUCUCAUCUGCGCUUGGUCUCUCUGGCUUUCACUAAGCAGUAUGAUUAAUAAUGAUUUACAGGAAGUAGUUCAAAAAUUAUCAUUUUAUUAGUAUAACGAAUAUAAUUAUUUAAAAUAUAUCCAAAGUAAUAUUAAAAUGGCUACUGUUCCAAAUUCGACGAAGGAUGGGGCACAAAGUAAAUUACAAGAUGUACAAACAAUGCAUUGUAUGGGACGUACGCAAGGUGAUGGCAUGGAAAAUAUGAUGACGGAAAAAAUUGAGAACAAACAGACAAAAUACCGCCUCGGAGACACACUUAUUUAUCAUCCAACUAAUUUGAAACAAUUAAGUUCAACUUCUCCAGUCACUCCAAAUGGUCCAAUAGUAAAUUUAGUACCAAAACAUGUUACUAGUGUAAAAGAUGAAAAACGUCUUUUAAAUUCAUUAAAGUCAAAGGAACCAAAAUUUGUUCCAUAUGAACCAUAUAAAGCAGCAGUUAACCCAAUCAUUCCAUAUAACAAAAAAGGUAAAAAAUUACAGAAAACCAAUUUAGAUAUGACUGCCUCUCGAGUUGCUGCAAUGAAAAUUCAUGAAAUGAAAGUGCCACCAAAUGAUACUACUAAUACAGGUGAAGGUAUCAGUAUGGAGAUUGAGUGGUUACAAGAAAAGAAAUCAUAUGAUGCAGAAAUACAAAAGCUCAAAGAAGAAAACAGUCAACUUGAAAAUCAAUUGAAAUUUCAAGCACAGGUUAAUGGUGAAUUGAAGAAUUUAUUAGUAGCUGCUGUAGGAGAAGAUCUUGAAACGAAAGUUCAUUUGUUAACUGAAGAUAAAUUACAACUUGCUCGAGCACUUUUAAAUUCAGUUCAACACCUUUCAACGCAUCAGGAACAAACUGAAUGGUUGGCUGGUCAGUGUGAAGUUUGGAGAAGUAAAUUUUUAGCUAGUAGCUUAAUGGUUGAAGAACUUGCAAAAUGGAAAGCAGCUCUUUGUCAAAGGACAACAGAUCUUCAAGAAGCAAUAAAAAGGCUCUUAGAGGAUCGUAAUCACGUUCGUGACAUGUCCCUUAAAACAUAUAGAACUCUUAGUAUUCUUCGUGAAAACUUUGAUCCUGUUGGAGCUGCCUCUUGUAAAAGACAUGAAAUACCAAGUACAAAUAUUAUAGAUUUAGCACAAGGCUGCUGUCAACUCGCAGAAAUUCUGAAAGUCCAACUUUUAAGUGGUGUAGACAAUAUUAAUUUACAACGUGAAAUCAAUAUAACUGGUCUAGAUAUGAAAACUCUUGCUGAAAAGACUGCUGAGAAAGUACUCAUGAGUCCAAAAUUGCUCAUGUCUGGAAGACAAGAUAUAGCUUGUAGCGCAGUGAUGGGAGCAGCUGUAGCAAUUGGUGGCCAAAUAUUUCUUCCACGAUGUGAUUCAAAUGGUUUAAUGUAUAACUCAACGGAUCGCGAGAAUUCACGUUCAGUCCAGGCUGAGAGCUCGUAGGUGUAACAUGUUGGUUUUUACCAGCGCUGUUUUUAGACGAACGCAAACGUUUGAAGGGAAGUAAUCUUGGGUAUUUUUACGCUCGCGUACCUACCAUCAGUCUUUCUUGGUAUUCCGUCUUUGAACCUUCGAAAAAGCUGUUGUUACAAAGAAUCGAAAACGUUUAAAGGAAGUGCGCGCACAAAAACGCAAAACUUUUCUCUCUACCCCAGCGUGAUUUUUCUCUAAAUCAGAACUCCAGGAUUCAAAGGAUCGUUUGACACCGCGUGUUCUAUUUUGGAAAAACAGUAAAUACUUCAAAUACCAUGCCACGUGAUCUUCUAAAUCGAAAGUGCGUCUGCAACGGAUCGUUUAACAAUAUCCAUUGUGAUCGCCAAUUUGGUUUAAGUGAGCGCAAGUUUUAUUAACGAUAACUGAACAAGUUUAAACGUUCACAGGGAUAUAAUUGUUUCAGUAAAUGGUUAAAUAUCGAUAUCGAAUGUAAAAUGAAUUAUGAUCGUUGAAGUGGUAAUUUCCAUGUAACGUGUACGCUAAGUUUAAAUUUCCGAGAAGGAGAAAAUUUCUGUUAAGUCGGCGAGAAUGCGAAGACACUAGACGGAGUUAUUUAUGUGAUCUAUUUUCACGCAAGUUGUGUUACCUUACUGGCCUAAAAAUAUCUGUGAAAUUUGAUUAGGGACAACUUGAUGCUUCGGUAUUAUCUAUUUGAAUAUUUAUACUGGUUCCGAGUGUGAUCGAAUACGUUGAAAAGUUUUCGAGGUUUCUCUUCUUUGAUCGCAUUGUACGCAGUACAAUUGGAGUAACAUUGAAUUUGUUGUUGCAUUUUCUGUAUUGCUUUGUUAAACGAAGCAAACUUUUGCCUAUGAUAAUUUUAUAUAUUUAUGAAUUGUACGAAUUCUGUAAACUGAUUCACAGUGACGGUGAAACUAAGAUAAAGUAAUGCAUUGAUUAUAAGUUAAUAUUCUUAUUAUUACUUACGAAGAUUUAAUAGUAGGUUGAGAGAUAUAAUGACAAUAAUUCGGAAAUGAUUUCAUUUAAUCGUAUAAUCAAUAACAUUUCGGUAGGUAAAUAUAGAUUUAAAAUUGUUUUUUGGCAGUUACAGGAAUAUUUUCAUCGCGUAAUCGAAUAUGGAUGAUUAACGAUAAAUACUUGAAGUACGUAUUAAUACGUUUGAAAUUACGAGAAUUAACUCUUUUACCCUCGAAUUAUUUUGGGUUGAACUUGUGUAAACUUAUUUAUGAGGAAUAUGUAGGGUUUAAAUGUUUGAAAUAUAAUCCAAAAUUGAAUUCCGAAGAUAUCUCAAUGAAACAAAAAUCAAUUUGUCUAUUUGUUUUUGUAUAAAUUACAAAAUUAGUUUUUAAGUUUUAAAAUAACAUCUGAUUUUGCAUAUAUCCAAACUGGAUGUAACGAAUAGAGACAAAUAAAUGAGAUAACAAAUAAUGAAAUUCAGUUUCAAAAUAAUAAAGAUAAUACGUAAGAUAAUACUUAAAUAUAAUACUCUGAUUACUGUAACUUAAGGGACUAUUAUCGAAAGCGCAAAAGAAAAAAAUUUUUUAUUUUAUAUAACAAACAAUUGUAGAAUUUCAAUGUUACAUAUAAUAAUAGACAUGUUAAUUUAAUAAAUUACAAUUUGUGUUGUUUAUUUUGAAUAAUUUUGUUCAUUGUUAUAGCCACAUAAAAAACCAAACAAAUUAUUAAAAUAUAAUUUUGUCGGCAUCGUACAAACCAGAGAAACAAAAUGACGGACGUUUGAUUUUUCAACACUAUUUUUGAACCUUGAUUAUUUAAAAAUAUGGUUAAAUAUUAAUGAAUGAGUAUAAUUCUAGUUGCAACGAUAGCUAUAAACAAAACUAUAUUUAAAUAAUUUUUUUAAUUUUUUAGUUUCAAUGUCAAGUUAUCGUGUAGAAUGUGGAAAAAGAGGACAAAUUUCAUGUUGCUGUUAUCAACGAAACAAAUCAUUAAACAUAAACCAAAAAAAUUGUGUUCAUUAAUUUAACAUAACUACUAUUAUUAUUAAAAACAUUGACAACCACAAUUUUUUGUUAUUUAAAAUAAAAAUUUUUAAAAGAAAUUUUUUCUUUCGUGCGUACGAUAAUAAUUAAUUCUCUUUAAUGAAUAUCGAAUUCAAUUUCGCUAAUGACUACAGAAAAUAGUAAUAAUAAUAUAAUAUAAUAUAACUGUUAUUAAGUAUCGAUU